GGUUCACUUCCUGUAGGGACCGAAAACCAAGUGAGGAGAUGAAGGAUUUCACCGUACUACACCAGAGAAUACAAAGAGGAUAGACACCGCAGAUAGAUCCUGACCAUCACCCAAGGAACAACUGCACAACUGUGGGAAGACAUCCAGUCCCUUCACAGCAUCGCUCAACACAGAGAAGGUUGGGCAGUGAAACCAUCACCUGGAAAUCAGUCGGGUCAGGGGAGCUUUGACUUUUCAUCAGAUCUGAAACUGGUCAGUGGUGUGGAACCUUCCAUCAGAACCAACCUUUCCGAAAGAUCGGCUGUGGGUGAUCGGUCAGGGUGAGGCUGGGAAGAAGUGUGAGUGGCUCCAAGUGUGGUGAGACCUUCAAUCAUUCAUCGAGCCUCAUGAACCACUGAUUCAUUCCUACAAGUGAGAGGCUGGUCAUGAGCGAGGUGUGUGAGAAGGGCUCCAGAGGCUCAUAAGGUCUCCUAACCCUAAGGUGCAUCUGUUGUCCUGCCAGUAACACAAGGACAGCUACAUGGAAGAGAAACUAAUUAAGUGUGAGGUGUGUGAUCGAGCUUUCGCACAUCCAUCGACAUUCGAGAAUCACCGACGCAGUCACAGUGGGGAGAAGCCUUUCGAAUGUGAGGUGUGUAACAAAUCAUUCUCACAGUCAUCAAGCCUCCACAUACAUCAACGCAUUCAUAAUGGGGAGAAACCAUUUCCUUGUGAGGUGUGUAACAAAUCAUUCUCGACAUCAUCGGAUCUCCGCAAACACCAACGCAUUCACACUGGGGAGAAACCAUUCACAUGUGAGGUUUGUGCCAAAUCAUUCUCAGAUUCAUCAAAUCUGCACGUGCACCAACGUGUUCACACAGGUAAGAAACCAUUCACAUGCGAGGUGUGUGACAAAACAUUCUCAACGUCAUCACAUCUCCUGGAGCAUCGGAGGAUUCACUCAGGGGAGAAACCAUUCACGUGUGUGGAGUGUGCGAAUUCAUUCUCUACAUCAGCGAACCUCCGCAAACACCACCGCGUUCACACAGGGGAAAAAUUAUUCAGUUGUGAAGUGUGUGACAAAUCAUUCUUGACAUCCUCGAGUCUCCUGGAUCACCAGAGGAUUCACACAGGGGAGAAGCCCUUCAUGUGUGAGGUAUGUGACAAAUCAUUCUCAAGGUUAAGGUACCUGCAUGUCCACCAACGCAUUCACACAAGGGAGAAACCAUUCAGGUGCGAGGUGUGUGACAAAUCAUUUUCUCAGUCAUCGUACCUCCGUGAACACCAAAUCAUUCACACUGGGGAGAAGCCGUUCAAGUGUGAGGUGUGUGACAAAUCAUUCUUGCGGUCAUCGUACCUCCAUGUACACCAACGCAUUCACACAGUGGAGACGCCAUUCACAUGUGAGGUGUGUAACAAAUCAUUCUCAGAGGCAGGGGCCCUCUGCAGGCACCAAAGCAUUCACACCAGGGAGAAACUAUUCACCUGCGAUGUGUGCAAUAUAUCAUUUUUGAGGUCAUCGAACCUCCUGCUCCAUCACAGGUUCCAUGCAGGGGAGUAAUACUUGAAAUGUCUGGUUUGUGAUAAAGCUUUUGUGAUGUUGUCAACCCUCCUGGGACACCAGAGGAUUCACACAGAGAGAAAUUCUUCAGGUUAAAUGUUUGUGCAACAACUAUAAACCAGUCUGCUGGUCUCCUGAAGCAACAGCAGAUCCACACUGGAGAGAAACCAUUCGGGUGUGAGGUGUGUGACAAGGCUUUUACCAAGUCAGUGUAUCUCCUGGUCCAUCAACGCACUCACACAGUGGGAAACCCUAUCAUUGUAAGUAAUAAAGCCAUCAUACAGUUGUUGGACCUUUUGGAACAUCUGUGAACAUACAUGGGGACUACUUAACAAAGCUGUUUCCCAAUUUCUUGUCAAAGUGUGACUCUACACAAUUUCACUGCAAAGGAUGUUCACUGGUAUUGGGGCACAGAACAAGGAACAGCUUUCACUCACAUCAAACAACUAGUGACAACAACACCAGUACUGAGAUAUGAUGAUGUCAUUGAUGAAGUCACCCUGCAGUGAGAUGCCAGUGAAACAGGACUUGGAGCAACCCUCAUGCAGCAAGGACAAUUAGUUGUGUUUGUAUCCAGAGCAUUAACACAAACUGAAGGACCCAGAUUGAGAACGAGAGCCUGGUUAUUGUCUUUGCUACUGAGCAAUUAAACCAGUACCAGUUUGGGAGAGAGAAAAUGAUGGUGCAGUCUGAUCACAAGCCACUUCAAAGCAUCAUCUCAAACUGCUUCUCUCUGCUCCAAAGUGUUUACAAAGCUUGUGACUUCAUUUGCAGAGAUAUUGUUUGGAAGUGAAGUACAAGCAAGGGAAGCAGAUGUACAUCACCGACCUGUUGUCAAGGACUGCACUCUCUCUGAAGGAAGUUGAUGAUGCUGAUACAAAGUGUGAAAUCUUCCAGAUUCAACAAGAAGCAACAGCAUGAUAUAUUCUGGAAGUCAUCAACCCAGCAGACACUGAAUCUGACAGACAAGUGUCUUGCUCAGAUCAAGCAUACAACAAUGAGAUACAACUCUUCAAAUGUUACAGGAAGUUCUGAUGAGGGGAGGACCUUUGGAGCAGAUAGAAGCAGUUUGAGAAGAUGCUUUGAAAUAUUUUGUGGUCAGACUGCACCAUCAUUUUCUCUCUCCCAAACAGGUACUGGUUGAAGUGCUCACAAGCGAAAACAAUAGCCAGGCUCUCUUUCUCAAUCCGUGCAUAGCAUCGUUUAGUUUGUGUUAAUGCUCUGGAUACAAACACAACUGGUUAUCCUUGCUGUGUGAGGGUUCCUCCAAGUCCAGGAUGGCCUGAAACCAUCAAGGAGAUCUUAGAAUGUCUGAAAGCACACGUCAGUCAUCAUGACAUUCCUGACAUUGUGAUGAACGACAAUGGUCUUCAAUUCAUGAGUGAAGAAUUCAGACACUUGAUGAACGACUGGGAAAUUUGGCACCACACAUCAUCUCCACACUAUCCCCAGUCAAAUGGAAAGGUUGAGGCAGCGAUGAAAACAGCCAAAGGGAUCAUCAAAUAAUUGACUAGAUCCAGCACAGAUGUGUACAAGGCAAUCUUAGAGUGGAGAAACACACCUACUGAAAGCAUAGAAAGUUGUCCAGUGCAGUGACUAAUGUCAUGCUGCACCCAGACUACUCUUCCAACAGCUAAAAAACUACUGAGGCCAGAAGUAGUAACAGGGAGUGAGUGACGAGAUCAAAGUGAAACGACAGAAAGACAAAUUUCACUUUGAUGAAGCUGCCAAAUCAUUGCCAGAGCUGAGAGUUGGAGAGCUGGUCAGAGUGAAAACAUUCAACGCACUCAACAAAAGUCAGCUCACUUGGCGCAACUUGGGGCCUACGUGGAGAAGUUGUCACCUUGAUCGUACACGGUGAAAGUGAAUGACCAGAUCUUUCGUCACAACUGCAGACACCUACGUGCAACCGGAGAAGCUGCUCCUUCACAGCAGACAGCUGAUGAGGCAGAUCUGAUUUCACCAACUGAGCAAGGAACUGAACGACCAUCAGUCCCAGAGGUCAACCGUUCCCCAACAAAUGCAACGGAUCAGCAGCAACAAUUACCACAGCAACAACACUCGCCACAGCAACAACAUCCCCCAGAGAGACAUCAUCAUCUCAGGAACCAGCAGACACCGGAUGAAUAGCCAACAACAGCUCACACAAGUGCCUUAUGAAGACCUGAACACUUUAAAGAUCGUGUGUGCAAUGCUUGUGCAGAGAGAGAUGAAAUUAGAACAGACUAGAAAGAACAAAGUUUUUUGUAACAUGGAGUAAGUUGUAAAUGACAGUGCGUGCAAUUUUUUUUCUUUUUAUAUUUGAAUAAAUCCCUUUUUACAUUG